CACGCUGCAUGUUGAAAUUCACAUCAGUCAAAAAGAGGAAAUGAGUCUUUCACUGCUCGCUCCUUGCGCUUCUGUGAGUUUAAUUUCGUAGGACCGCUUGCAGGGUAACGCUUCAAGGUAAAAUGAAAGACCGACUGUGCGAGCUGCAGAGUUUCCCCUCUGCCUCCGCAGAGGAGAGUGGCCCUAAUGGUAUCCACAGCAACGAGGACGAGGAGCUGCUGGAGCAGCACGCCGUCCUCUUCCAGGGCGAAGACGUGAUGGACAGCAUCUACAAAGACGCCCAGGCGAUGAGGAAGGAGAUGCUGCUCCUCAAGUUGGACGUGAAGCGUUUGGGGAAGCAGAACACGCGCUUCCUCACGUCGGUGAGGAGGUUUAGCAGCAUAAAGCGGGACACCAACGCGCUCGGUAGGGACAUCAAGGCACGGGGGGAGGCCAUCUACGCCCGGCUGGAGAAGAUGGGGAAGCUGAGCAAAGAGCUGGAAGAAGAGCACGGCCCCACGUCGGCCGUGGCUCGCAUGGUGCGCUCGCAGUACGUGUCCCUGACCAGCGCCUUCCACGAAGCCAUAUCCGAGUUCAACGAUGCUGAAAUGACCCAGAGGGAGAACUGCAAAAACCGCAUCCAGAGGCAAGCGGAGAUCAUGGGCAAGGAGGUGAGCAGGGAGCAGAUAGACGAGAUGAUCGAGACGGGGAAGUGCAACAUCUUCACGGAUAAUCUCCUCCAGGAGGGCAGGACUGCUAGGUCGGCUCUGAACGAGAUAGAGAACAGGCACAAGGAGCUGCUGGAGCUGGAGAGCCGCAUCAGGGACAUCCACGAACUCUUCUUUCAGCUGGCGCUGCUGGUGGAGGAGCAGGGCACCAUGCUGGACAGCAUAGAGGCCAACGUUAGCGCGACUCAGGACUACGUCGCCCAGGCUACGGUUCAGAUCAAGAAGGCUGUGAAAUACCAGAAAAACAAUCCGUGCAAGAAGCUUUUCUGCUGCUGCUUCCCUUGCUGCAAAUGAGACUUCUUUAGCAAAACAAUUCCUUUAUUUGUAUCUACAGAGCUGACCCCAGGCAUAAGCAAAGUCUUCAAAUUUGUGUCUAGUUUUAAGUGAGCUUUAAGAUUACGGGGCCCUGAAUCAGCUGCUGCCCCAGGAUCCUGUAGAAUCUUGUGUCUGUGUUUAUUUAAUUUAAAGUGUUGCACUGCAGCCGCGAUGUCCAACAUCAGUACUUUGACAUCACAGCUUGUUUGUUUUUUUACAGUGUUAAGAAGAAGGAAGAGUCACUUCAAACCACACAUUUGUAUGCAAAACUUAGACAGUGUAAUUUGGAUGUUACAUUUCCUGAUUGUUACUUUGAUUAUAUUUUAAGCAGCGCUCUCUGACCUGCGUUAAAGACACAAAUCCGAAAUACAAUACUUUGAACUUUGUGUUUAGACUCUCAGCUUUAUCAUUUUUGCAGUGUAAAAUAUUUAAAUGUGAUUUUAUUUUUUAAAGUGAGAUUAAAUGCCUUUGAGUGGUUUUGACGGCACGACCAUGAAACUGGAAAUAAAAGUGGUCCUGGUUCCUGCUGCAGCUGCUUGUUGUUCAACAGGUCUUUAGAAAUACAUUAAGGCCUCUAAUUAAGGGAAGAUUUGUUUACAUGCUUUACGAAACUAUAGCCUGGCCAACCUAAUUCACCUGCAGGCCUAUUGUUGCCUCACUCGACUGAGAGCUCCUGCAGUUUCAGAUGAAACGGAGUUAUCAUAAGUCAA